UCGAAAGAUUGAGCACGUAUUCGUUGAAGUUCUGCUGGCUGAUUAGAAGGAGAACCGAAUGGCGUUAAACGGUGACAGCAAGACGCGAUUUGAAAAAUAGUCCUGUUUGAUCUCGGUACGUUUUCCACGAUUUUAAAUGGUUCAAUGGAAAUGACGAAGCUAGUUUCCUGAAAACGAAGGACCUGCAUACGAAGUUGAUCAUCGGGAAUGACGCCACGAUUACUGAAGUGCGUAUUAUCCGCAGUUUGAAAUCGAUUUUUUUCUCCUUGUGUUCAGGUGCAAAACUUUUUGCAGCACCAGCCAGCAGCUCAGAGUCUGUUCUUUUGUUCUUGUUCGUUGUUAAUUUUGAGCUGGUUUUCAAGAUUGCAACGAGAAAAGUAGGCUUGCAACAAGAAAAAUUAUUGUGGUAAAUCUCGGUACCGAGUCUAGUUGGUUGGUUUCGGUUCAUGGCAUCUUAGCAAGCAAAUCCGGCACUAAUUGUUACGGUUCCGUUGAGCAAAGUAGGCCUGGAGAGAAGAAGAAAAUUAUCGGAAGGUUUGAGCUGCCCACUGCAUUUCGUUCGUUCGUAUCGUUUUCGUCGCCUUCUGCGUUGAAUUUUUGUUGGCGUUCUCCUUCUUGUCGUGUGUUUGCGUUGUGUUUCCCGUUCGUUCUCUUGAAUCAUCGACGAGGCUGGUGCUAGAGUGUUGGUGCCAACAAGUGUUUUGGAUUCGGCGCCACCAAUACAGUUGCAGCGAGUGUUUUCAUUUUCUGACAAGUGUCAAGCUGGAUCGGUUUGAGUGUGUUGGUGUUUUCUAUAUAGAGCACAAAGUCUGGCUUUGCAGAAAAAGAAUCCAAUAAUUGGAAUUAUUCCAAAAUAUCAUUCUCGAGUGCAGGAAGAAGGAAAAUGUCGUCGUCUUGUUGUUUUGGAAAGUGAACGUUUUCUCCUUAGCUGAGCUCUGCAAUGAUCUGUUAGAAGAGAAAGUCUCGGCAGUGUCCAGUGUCAGUAUUUUGAAUAAGUUGUGAUUUUGUGUGAUUAGCUUCUUAAAAAGUCUGGAAAAUCAAUACCACAGUAAAUCGGUGAAAAUUGUGCAAUUAGUUCAGGGGGGGUUCAAAGAAAUAUCGUCACUAAGCGUGUAUGAAUCUUGUGUUAAGUCUACGAGCAACAUACGGAAUCUGCAGUGGAGGUGUGGAUUGAAUCCCACAGCAGAAAGCCUCAGCGAUACAGCACAGCUUGGAUUAAGUGCUCUGGUUUAGUCGUGUCUUGUGUACAGCACCAACUGUGUGCCCCGUUUGCUUCCUCUGGCUAGGGAAAUCAACUGCUCGCGGAAGAGCUCUUCCAUAGAUUGGAAGCUCCAAGCCGCCGGCGACGGAGUCCGUACUCCGAUCGGCACCACCAUAGGAUCGCUGGAGGAAAAAAAGAACGCCGUCGUCGUCGUCGACAUUACGGAGACCAACGGAACGACGAACGCACCCGUAAUUGAGACCAGUUGCAGCACCAGCAGCAUGGUGAAACGGACUGAUGGCACCGAAUCACCGGUAAUAGCAGAAAGUGAUGCCGACACAGAAAAACCCCGCGUCAAAUAUGGCGAACUAGUGAUAUUAGGAUAUAAUGGCUACCUACCGCAGGGCGAUCGGGGCCGGCGGCGGUCCAAAUUUGUGUUGUACAAGCGGGGCGAAUCGAACGGCGUCAAGCGGUCGAAGCACUACAUCGUACAAUCACCUCAGACAUCACAGGCCAUCCUGGACGCGAAGCAGCACUCGAUAUCGUACACACUGUCCCGGAACCAGGCCGUCAUCGUCGAGUACAAAGAGGACCCGGACACGGACAUGUUUCAGGAAAAGGCCACCAAAUGGCAGGACAACGUGGAAAUCGAUGGGCUCACAACGAACGGCGUGUUGAUCAUGCAUCCCAAAGGUCAGUUCUGCGGUGGUUCGGCCGAGUGCGGUCUCUGGCGGGAAACGUCGGUGGGCGGCGAUGUGUUCAGCCUCCGGGAGUGCCGAUCUGCCCAGCAGAAGGGCCAACCCGUGUACGACGAAACCAACACCCUGCAGGACGGGACCCUGAUCGAUCUGUGCGGCGCGACGCUACUGUGGCGAUCGGCCGAGGGGCUGCGACAUUCACCGACGAAGAAAGAUCUUGAAAAACUAGUAGACGAAAUCAACGCAGGACGUCCGCAGUGCCCGGUUGGCCUCAACACUUUAGUAAUCCCCCGGAAGGUGUCGCUGGGCGAUCAUGUCAAUCAGCCUUACGUGUAUCUAAAUUGUGGCCAUGUUCAAGGUCAACACGGCUGGGGUCAGGAUAAGGCAUCCAAUGCGCGCCGGUGUCCGAUGUGUCUAGAGCUCGGCCCGGUGGUGACGCUCUGUAUGGGCGUAGAAAAUGCAUUUUACGUCGAUUCUGGACCACCAACGUACUGUUUCAAUCCCUGCGGGCACAUGGCUACGGAAAAAACCGUCAAGUACUGGGCCAACGUGGACAUUCCCCAUGGCACAAACGGGUUCCAGGCGGUGUGUCCAUUCUGCGCCACACCUCUACAAGGAUCUCCUGGCUACAUAAAACUUAUUUUCCAGGAUAAUCUGGAUUAAUUUUUAGUGCGCGUGCAACCCGACGGCCAGCCAACCAGCUACACAAGAAAAAUAAAACCUAAAAAUGAAUCAAAUCAACUGCUAAUAAUCAACAAAACAAAAAAAGCAAACAAAUGCCCCUUAAUAUCAAAAACGGUAAAGCUUGGUUCGGAAAAAAAGAAUUUAAACUACACGGGGUGCGAUAAGUAGAAAUCGAAAUCAACUGAUUUGCAUAUAGUUUAUAGCGUAAAUAAUUGUUAGAAUACUUUUAAAACUAAUUAUUUUUUAAAUAAAUUACCCCAGCAGAACAACAACUGAUUGAAACACACAAAUACAAAAAAAAAAAACCGCACGCAAAAGUGGGUUCGGGAGAGCAGAAAGUCCAUAAAUUUCCUAUUUUAGUGAGGAGAAACGAGAAACGUUGAGUGAGGAAGUUGGAGUUUGUUGGAGUUACGUCUCCGCAGUUUUUCGUAUCCAGAACGAGGAACAUAAAGCGUAAGUGAUUGUAAACACUGAUUAAGCCGAAUCAAAAAAACAAAUAUUUUGUCACUGAUUGUCGAAAUAAGAGAACGAAAAAAAAAACGAAACAAGAGAAAGCGAAUGGAUGGAACACUUUGUGAGAUUGCUGCUGUAAGCUUGAGUAAAACGAAAAUUCUUAGAAAGCAACUUGAAAAUGGUAAAUUGUUUUGAAGCAAGGAAAUACAGGUCACACUAUACGUCGAAAGAUGCUUAUAAUAGACGAAACAAUUCACCAAUCCUGUUUCGAUAUUCAAAAUCCGAAUUAAAAGAAAAAUUUAAAAUUACUCAUCACCAUCCCAGCAAAAGACAGAAAAACUCUAUAACAUUUGCCCUAACACUGCUACUAUGCAAAUACUUGAAACGCAAAUCAGCAAAAAAAAAUCUUUACUAGAGCCACACAACAAUAAAAACGUUGACUGUUUUAAACAUUGUUUUCCUCAUUCAUCUGGAAACGACAAAAAUAAAAGCGAUUUAAACUCAAGUAAAUAAAAGAUUUAAAGGGGACUACUAAAGCAACAGAAUAAAAAGAAAACAAAAUUUAAUUACAACAAAAAAAAAUACGGAUCAACUAUCCAGUGAUGAAUUCAGCGAAAACGUGAACUAAAUAAAUUUGAAAUGACAGGAACAUCAUCACCAAAAGAGAAAUCAAGUGAGAAAAGGCAAACGUAAGUAACACACAACGGUCAGUGGAUGCAUUUUGUCCUGAAAUUUAUUUUACCUACCUAGCUCGUGUAAAGUCAAUCCCGUGUUUUCUCCAAUCCGAGUAACAACAACAACAACAACGUUAGAAUAAGUUUUUCUUGUUAUUUUCCAUUAUUCUCGGUUUUUUAAAGUUGGUUUCAAAGUUUUUACUGUAUCUUUAUUUGGAAAUCGAACUUAUUCGGUUGAUGCCGCAAUUGGUUUAACAACGUGAGUUGAUCUAAAUACCUUUGCUUUGUUUUAAAUGCCGCCACAUCCCCCUCACCAAAUGCCCAGAACAUAAAAUUGAAAUCAUCUUAUUUACAA